AGAGAGAGAUGGGGAGAAGCCCUUGCUGCACCAAGGAGGGCUUGAACAGAGGUGCCUGGACUGCUCACGAAGACAAGAUCCUCAGAGACUACAUUUCUGUGCACGGUGAAGGCCGGUGGCGCAACCUCCCCAAACGAGCAGGUUUGAAAAGAUGUGGCAAAAGUUGCAGACUCCGAUGGCUCAACUAUCUCAGACCAGAUAUUAAGAGGGGUAACAUCACCCCUGACGAAGAAGAGCUCAUCGUCCGCCUUCACAAGCUCUUGGGAAACAGAUGGUCGCUGAUAGCGGGGAGGCUUCCAGGGCGAACAGACAAUGAAAUAAAGAAUUACUGGAACACUAACUUAGGAAAGAAAGUGAAACAUCAUUGUCACCAAAACAAUGCUGCCUCCCCUGGUAGACUCUCUGCUCACCAUCAGGCCGACAGAGCUUCCAAGAAUCAUAAUCCUGCGAAUCUCAAGCCCAAAUCAAACUCCCUGCCUUCUCCGGAUGUUGUCCGUACAAAAGCCGCCAAGUGUUCGAAGGUGAUCAUCACCCCCCGUCCCCCUUCUUCCAGGCAAUUCUUGCAGAUGACCAAGUCUGAAGCAGAGCCGCUUCCGCAGGGUGAUGUUGCGGCGGCGGCUGCCUGCAACCGGACGACGGAGUUACUCGGCGGAGAUGAUAAUCACGCGUUGCUGUCGUCCGGCGCGGUGAUGGAUCAUCAUUAUCAGGAGCCGCCGUCUGCGGAUAUGCUGGUGAAUUUCAACGCGGGAGAGAUCUGCUUGUCGGACUUCCUAAACUCGGAUUUCUCAGAAAUGUGCGACUUCAGUAACAACAGCGUCGACGGCUUGUCCCCAUCAUCCGACGAACCCUUCGUGUUCUCCGACGAAAUUCUGAGAGAUUGGACGCAGAGCAACGUGGAAGACACAAGUGUGGCCAAUAAUCUUCACUCUUUCACAUCCUUCCUUGAAUCCAGUGAGGGAUGGCUGGCAGGGUAAUUAACCAAGGCUUCAGAAAAGAAAUGUAGAUUACUGACUACCAAUAAGCAAGCUAAGUUAGCUUUUUCUCUGCUGAUCAGAUGAAUUAACGUGGGUGUCAGUCAGACUCAGAGGGGCUUAACUACAAAGUUAGGACUUUGUACUGGAUCUGAGUUGUGAAAUAUAUUUCUAUAAAACGCAGGGUUUGGUA